GUCUACGAGCUCUCUAUAUAUUAGUUUCCUUGUCUCCCAAGGAUUGUUUUAGUUCUUCGUUUUUUUUUUAGCAGAUUAAUAAUAAGUUAAAAGGGCACCAAAAAUGGCAGAUGUCUGGCAAGACUGCAUGAACUUUGGGAUCUCAAUUGCAUCAAGUGCAAGACAGACUAUUCUUGAGGCUUCUAAAAGCAAGAAGACUGUGAUGUUGAAAAGUUCUCCAGUGGAUCUGGUGACUGAAACUGAUCACAAAAUUGAGGAGAUGAUUAUAUCUUCAAUCAAAGAGAAGUACCCAACUCAUAGUUUUAUUGGUGAGGAAUCUGUUGCUUCUGGAGAAACAUGCACCCUGACUGAUAACCCCACCUGGAUUAUUGACCCAAUUGAUGGAACUACAAACUUUGUGCACAGGUUUCCAUUUGUUGCCAUUUCAAUUGCCUUUGCUGUUAACAAGCAGACGGAGUUCGGGAUAGUUUACAGCUGUGUGGAAGAUAAACUCUACACUGCCCGAAAAGGAAAAGGUUCUUUCUGCAAUGGAGUGCAAUUGCAGGUCUCUGGACAGGAGGAUAUAACACAAUCACUUGUUGUGACUGAAAUUGGAACUCAACGAAAGGAAGAUGUUCUGAAAACACUAACCUCAAACAUCUUCAAGCUGCUGAAGAUCCCAGUUCAUGGUAUCCGUGCUGUUGGUACUGCUGCGGUGGACAUGUGCCUGGUAGCCACAGGAGGAGCUGAUGCUUACUACCAUAUUGGGAUGCAUUGCUGGGACAUUGCUGCUUCUGCUAUUAUUGUAACAGAGGCUGGUGGUGUGGUGCUUGAUACUGAUGGUGGCGAGUUUGAUCUGAUGUCCAGAAAGGUUAUUGCAGCGAGUAGCAGAGCUGUCGGAGAGAGGAUUGCCCGAGAGAUUGAAGCCUUUCCCUGUGAGAGGGAUGAUGGGAAGCCCCAGGGUGUGAGUGGGAAUGUAAAUGGUCAUCCCAGUGGGGAAAAAUGAUGUACCCUUGCUUUAUAAAUGUGAAACUUUGACAAGAACUUUCAGGUUUUCACUAAAUAAAGAUCUAUAUUGGAAGGAA